CUCAAGCUGAGAUUCAACGCGCCUCAACUCCGCCCCAGUGAAGUUCUCUCUCUUCUCUCUCUCUCUCUUUCUCUUUCUCUAUCUUUCUCCAUUUUUAAAUCGUUCCCCUCAAUCACGGGCCAGACAGCCACAGGAACGAGGAUCCAUUAGCCCUUUCCAUCCUCUCACCACCUGUGACCGUGUCCGAACUGAGUAGUGAUCGCUCGCGCCUUUUGUUGCCCGGUUUUGGGUCAACAUUCCAACACCAGGACGGUCUCAACCACUCAGCAAAUGACCGUAAGGAGAGAUUUCUUUCCCUGGUGACCGUCAAGCCAAGGGAGAAAACCGUCCAGUGUUACAAUUAGCGAUACUUUCUCACUGUCAAUGGCGUCGAUCCUCCGGCAGAUUGUCGCGGGUCCCCGACUGCGACAUCCAGAGGCAGGCCUCGAUCUCUGCUAUGUUACAGAUAAUAUCAUCGCAACGUCGGGUCCGUCUACCAACUAUCCGCAACGCGCAUAUCGAACCCCCCUGGACGAUCUAGUCAGCUUCCUCGACGCCAAACAUGGCAAGGACUGGGCUAUCUGGGAAUUCCGUGCGGAGGGUACUGGCUACCCGGACGAGGAGGUAUACGGGCGCAUCCACCACUACCCAUGGCCCGACCAUCACCCGCCGCCGUUCGCGCUCAUCCCGCCCAUGAUGGGUAGCAUGCGCAACUGGCUCCAGGGGAUCGAACCGCAGGAUAAGCCACAAUCCCCAGAAGGGAAGAGGGUGAUGGUGGUACACUGCAAAGCCGGCAAAGGCCGCAGCGGCACAGCCGUGUGUAGCUAUCUAAUCAGCCAAGAAGGGUGGAAAAUUGAAGACGCACUGCAGCGGUUCACCGAGCGGCGAAUGCGCGCCCGAUUCGGAGCCGGCGUCAGCAUCCCCAGCCAGCUGCGCUGGGUCCGCUACGUCGAUCGGUGGACGAACCAGAUGGGCAAGAAGUACGUUGAGCGGCCCGUGGAGAUUCUGGAGCUGCAUGUCUGGGGCCUGCGGGACGGCGUCAAAACCGCGGUGGAAGGGUUCGAAGACAAGGGCAAGAAGAUCAAAUGCUUCCAUCUAUUCCACCACAGCGAGCGCACAGACGUCGAUUCCGGGCAGUCCACACCACAGGAGAGCAGCAGCAGCAGCGGCGAGGACAGCAAUAGCCCCAAGGAGCCCCUAUCAGCAAUCACCAAUUCCCAAACCCCAUCCAGCACGCUCCCCCCGCGAUCCACCACCGCAGGCGCAAUUCCAACCAGCGAAGCAUCCGAUGACACGAACCCCAAACACCUGUCAGCCUACAUCUUCCGCCCCAGCGAACGCGUCAUCCUCCCCACAUCAGACGUCAACAUCGUCUUCGAGCGCCGCAGCAAAGCCUCCUACAAAGGCUGGGCAAUGGUGACGUCCGUCGCGCACGUAUGGUUCAACGCCUAUUUCGAAGGCGGCGACAAGCAUGACUCGGGUGUCUUCGAAGCCGAGUGGGAAGCGCUCGACGGGAUCAAGGGCACAACGAAGAAGGGCGUUCGCUCUCUCGAACGCCUCCAGGUCGUUUGGCGGUAUCCGUCUGCAUCGGAGCUAGACGCGAGCAAAUCAACCGAUGUGCAAGAAGCCCCAGUCCAGGGCCAGGCAAUCCUGUUUCCGCAGCCUGGUGAGCCUAUCCAGGAGGAUAAGCCGGAUGACUGGCAUCUCCACGAGACGCACAAAGAGAAUGUACCGCAUUUGGCCCCGCGUAGUCAGGAGAAUCAGCCACCUGUGGCUCAGGACGCCAGUCGGCCUGACGAUUCCCCGGCGCUUGGCCAGCUCAAGCGUGAUGAGAGGGUAGAUGUGGAUAAUAAUAAAGAGUCUGCUAGCGAGAACGUUCCACAGGAGGGAAUUGCCCAGUCGUCUGAUCAAGGCAAGGAGAGCCAGAAAGUGGACUCGUCUGUUACUCAGGCUCAGGCUCAGGCUGAGCCUCAACCGGCUGACAAGCCGGCUGACGACAAGAACCAACAAUAAGUAUAUAUAUAUAUAUAUGUAUUAUAGUAAUACUACGCGUAAUAGACCGCCAUUUC